AGAAGCAGUGGGGUGUUACGGCCCUGGGCGUAGAUCCAUUCACAGAAUGAACGAACCGCUUGCGUUUCGUUCGUGUAGUCACUCAGUAGUGUCAUGGAGGUAACAUGGCCGAGGAGACGCGCCUAGUCCGCGUUGAGGAGAGGCUCAGGAUCAAAAUCGGAGAAGCAAAGAACCUUCAAAGUCGAAGUCAUGGCUCUCCAGGCACACGAGACGUUUACUGCACCUUGUCGCUGGAUCAAGAGGAAAUAUUCAGAACAACAACCAUGGAAAGAACUCUCAAUCCGUUCUUCGGAGAGGAGUUUCAGUUUGAAGUGCCCAGAAAAUUUCGUUACCUUGGCAUUUACGUAUAUGACAGAGAUAGACAUUUGAAGCAGGAUCGAAUUUUGGGAAAGGUAGCAAUAAAGAGAGAAGAUUUAGCUACAUAUCAUAAUAAGGAACAUUGGUUUCCUCUGAAACCAGUCGAUGCCGACUCUGAGGUUCAAGGCAAGGCUCAUUUGGAGCUUGCUUUGCAACCUCAGGUCGAACACGCUCAGCCUAAACUUACAGUAAGAAUAAUAGAAUGUAGUGAAUUAACCAUUAAAAAUGGUAGCUGUGAUCCCUUUGCAAUUGUUACAGUCAUCUAUAGUAAUGGUAAAAAAGUAUCAAAGCGCACAAAGGUGAAAAAGAAAACGUCAUCUCCGUAUUUCAACGAGACAUUUGUAUUUGAGCCAGAGUUAAUCGAGACCAGAGACAAAGAUGUCUCCCAUUAUCCUAUUGAAGGAGCUGAAGUUGGAGAAGUAGUGGUUGGCUUGUGGCAUGCAUCUCCUGGCAUGGGAGAACAACCGGUCUUUCUUGGCGAGGUGCGAGUCACCUUGAAAGGAUUACAAAAACAACCGACUAGUACAACCACCGCGUGGUAUUUUUUACAACCUAGAGCAGCGAAACAUCGUCCAAGUAAAAUCUCAAGUAACUCUACACCGCCUGGUACGUUACCAGGUUUGGGAUCUUUACGCUUGAAGAUUCACUACGUAGCCGAUCACGUCUUCCCCUCGGAAAUGUAUGACAGACUUAAAAGUCUCUUGUUACAAAGCGUCAAUGUUGAGCCGAUUACGUCCUCGGCUGUUUACAUAUUGGGUGAAAUUGUAGCCAGUAAAAUGGAGGCUGCGCAACCAUUAGUUCGAGUAUUGGUGCAUCAUGGACAGUUGGUAUCUGUGAUGCGAGCACUUGCUAGUCACGAGAUUUCCAAAUUGACUGACCCAACGACCAUCUUUCGCGGUAACACAUUAGUGAGCAAGAUGAUGGACGAAGGCAUGAGAUUAGCGGGUCUGCAUUAUUUGCAUAGUACUCUUAGACCUGCGAUGGAACAAGUUUUUCUCGAAAAGAAGCCAUGUGAGAUAGAUCCAACUCGGGUAAAAGAUGGCAAUACAACAGAGACCAAUUUGACCAAUUUAAAGGAAUAUGUCGAGAGAGUAUUUGUAGCUAUAACAACCUCGGGAGUAAGAUGUCCCCCUUUAAUGUGUGAAAUGUUCUGGUGUUUGAGAGAACUCGCUGCAACUCACUUUCCAAAAAAUAAAGAAGUGAGAUAUUCGGUGAUAAGUGGAUUUAUCUUUUUACGAUUUUUUGCUCCUGCGAUAUUGGGUCCAAGAUUAUUUGAUAUCACUACUGAACAAAUUGAUUCACAGACCAAUAGGACAUUAACGUUAAUAUCCAAGACAAUUCAAAGUCUUGGAAAUUUGGUAUCUUGUAGAGGAGGCGCAGGCAGUGUAUGCAAAGAAGAAUACAUGGAAUGUGUAUACAGAGAAUUUUAUACAGAAAGACAUAUACAUGCAGUCAAGCAAUUUCUAGAGAUAAUAUCGACUAGUAGUAAUAGUAGCGGCAUCGCGAAGCAACGUCCAACGGUAUUGCAAGAACAACCAGUGGUACUCAAAGAAGGAAAAUACUUUCUCUUUAUGCAUACUACCGAUUGUAACAAGAGAGUAAUGAUUAAACGAGCACAAGGCAGAAAACGAUUUGGCCGUAAGAAUUUCAAGCAGAGAUACUUCAGACUUACCACGCACGAUUUGACAUAUUCUAAAACGAAAGGUAAAGAACCUUUGUGUAAGAUACCACUAGAAGAAAUCUUAGCAGUGGAAAGACUUCACGAAGAUUCCUUCAAGAUGAAAAACAUGUUUCAAAUUAUUCAACCACAAAGGGCAUUAUACGUUCAAGCUGGUAAUUGUGUAGAGGAAAAGGAAUGGAUUGACAUCCUUACAAAAAUAUGUCAAACAAAUAGUAACCGCUUAGAAAAAUAUCAUCCAAGUGCAUACAUCAAUGGCCAUUGGCUUUGCUGUCGCGCAGUGGCUGAAGUUGCACCAGGAUGCAGUCAAGUAUCGCCAGGUAUAGAGGCUGGACUGCAAAUGGUGUUGGAUCCAGAUCGCGAUUUGCAGAGAAUACACUCGUUGAUCUUCACAAAUAUGCCACGUCUCGAGACAUUGAUGAAUGCAUGUGAAUGCCAGGCAGUUUAUGGUGCUAGCGAUAUGUGUGUUAUUCCGGAUGGUGGUUCGCCUAUCGAAGAUGUACCUUCGUGUUUCAAGACUUUAAACACACUUAGAGAAGCUGCGUAUGCCUUGCAGCGUGAACAUAGAGCCUAUUUUCGAAGACUGGCACGCGACACCAAGUACGGCAGCAAACAGGCUCCCAUCGGUGAUGACAACUACCUCCACUUAGCUAAUAGAGCAGGAUUCGAUAAUCAGUUGACAAAGCGAGUGUACGAUUUGGAUGGUAUAAAUCAACGAUCGAUAGAGAAUACGGAACAUUACGACGUGGGAUUCUCUAGGAAAAUUGUCGAGAGUCAAAGAUACGACGAUACAUUCAGAAAGUGUCUUGAUUCUGACUCCAUUAAUCGUAGGUAUGAGAACGAAAGCCACUUGUUGCGAGGAUACGAAAACAAUAGCGAUACUAUACGAAGCAUCCAAAAUGAUCUCAGAAAAUUCGAUCAUAGUUUAAACAAUACAUUAAGAUCUGAUAAAUUGGAGAAGAACGCUAACGAGAGUAUGGAAAGUCAGAAAAGGCUAGAGAGCACCAGUCUAUUAACGGCAGAUAGUAUUAAUUUGUCGGGUACAUUGUCGCGGAAAUUGGGCAAUUACGACAACACUAGAGUGUUGAGUGAAUGUACGUUGACAAGACGAUUACAGGAAGAUGUCCCUGAUAUAUCUUGUAAUUCGAUGAGUGAGCGUGGCAAUCAUUAAUUUUACCUAUCAUGUACAAAUGUAAAUUGCACGUUUUUAGAAAUUGAGAAAAACAAAAUGACGAGGUACGAGAGAGAGGGGCUAUAAUUUAUAUCGUUUGCUUCUUCAAAGGAAAAGUACAAUCCUCUUGGCUACUUUUCUUAUAUGUAUAUAUAUGUAUACAUAUAUACAUAUACAUUGUACAUAUGAUUAUAUACGUAUGUAUAUAUAAUCUUUCUAUUGUGUAUACAAAUUAAUGACUAUGCUGUUGGAGGCAGUGUUUUCUGUUGCGUAUUUGCCUGCCUUUUACGACGAAUCGUUUUAAUUUAUCUCUUCAACACCAGAUAGAUACGAGAGAAUUGUAAUGGAAUGUAAUUUAACGUAUUUUUCGAUUUGUUACCAUGCUGUGCAGAGAACGUGACAUGUCUUGUCAUCGCAGAAAUCUCUACUAUUUAUUAUUUAUUUAUUUUCUCAUCUCAUUUCAAUAUUAUUGGAGAUGUAUGUGCAUAAACAUGACAUUGGUUGUGUCAUUGCACAACUUGUAAUCUCAUUCAUUUGAAAAGUCGAGUUCUCACCGAUAUAAAAACACUCAAUGUUAACUGUGUAAUAUUACACAAUAUUGUUGUAGACUAUGGAAACAUUUUUUACUCUAAACAAUCACUGUUAUCUUUGAUUCAUAUAGAAUUCCAUUUGGAGCCCAAUUCUUUGUGCAUUAAUUGAAAAUGCAUAAAAUAAGAAUAUUACAAAUAGAAUUGAUUACUAUUUGAUAAAAAAAGUCUUGGAAUGUUUAAUCAAACUGGGUUUUUUUUUUGUAAAUGUUUGCACUCGUAGAAAGUCGAUCGAGCCCUACAGAGGGAAAGAUGUAAACAACAUUUGAUAUCGCGCAGGCGCGCUAAAUUUAUGAAAUUAAUUCUUUGCAAGCUUAAACGCAAGUUAAUUCUCUCUACCGCAUUUACCAUUGUAAACUCUUUUCUUUUAUUAUAAAACAGUCUGAAAUUACAUUUAUUCAAGAAUAUGUACCUCCCAUUAUCAACUCUUUUAUUAGUUAUUUUAAUGUAGACUUACAUAAAUACGAAAAUGUUGAACGUGCAGGAAAAUGUAGAUCUGUUAAAAUUUUAAUAGAAAGAGAUAUGUAACAAAUAUAGUAAAAAGAUGUUGCAAUCCCAAAUUCUACGCAUGCGCGCGCGUUUGUUGCUGAAUGUUAUUUUAAUAAUGUUUUGUUUUUAUAUAUCGUUCAUAUAUUGUACGAUGCUAUUGUAAUUGAUUAGACGUUGAAUGAAUAUUUGAUCAAUUUCCUGUGAUAGAAUAUGAAAUCAACAUUCGUAAUCACUUUUUAGCUAUUUAAGCUACAAAUUUUCUAUACAGACGAAUCAUUUAUAAUUAAUUUGAAAUUCUUUUAUGCUUCUUUUGACAUUUAUUAAAGGGCUAUAUAUUGUAGUUACAUAACUGCAAAUGAUAAUAAUUAUAGAUUGCUAUUAAUAACAGUUACUAUUUUAUAUAAAUUUAUAAAAACGGAUUAAACGGAUAUGUGUGAGAUAUCAGGUCCCAUACAGCACCAAAGCUUUCAGAAACAUUUGAGAAAACAUUGUUGCAAUGUUGCAAUGUUUC